AUGUCGGGCGAGGCGUGGCUCUACCUGCUGGCCGUGCUUAUCAAUGCCGUCAACCUGUUCCUCCAAGUCUUCUUCACCAUCAUGUACAGCGAUCUCGAAUGCGACUACAUCAACCCAAUCGACCUUUGCAACCGCCUCAACACAUACAUCGUUCCCGAAGCCGCUGUCCACGCAUUCCUCACCUUCCUCUUCCUGAUCAAUGGGUACUGGCUGGCGUUGAUUCUUAAUCUGCCUCUUGCCGCAUACAAUGCGAAGAAGAUUUUCGACGGCCAACACCUUCUCGACGCAACCGAAAUAUUCCGCAAACUCAACGUACACAAAAAGGAAUCAUUUAUCAAGCUUGGCUUCCACUUGAUCAUGUUCUUCUUCUAUCUCUACAGCAUGAUCGUUGCCUUGAUCAGAGAUGAAUCCAAUUGA